AUGGACGCCGCUUCCCGUUUCUUUCCCAGCCGCACUUACUGGGAGCCAAUCCGACCCUCCGGCGAGGAAGUUGCUGAGCGCGUACAAGCGUACAAACACUGCGACACUCAUCCAAAACGAGGCUCCCAAACAGACACCCCACUUUAUUCAUCAAGCGUGGAUCCUGCCCAGCCAUUUCGGACCCAAAUCAAGGCCCCAGAAUUCAAAGUCGCCAUGCGCGACAAGAAGUUUAAAUGGUGGAAUGCACCUCCUAAAACGGAUCCCAAAUCGAAACUUGAAGCCGCCAAGUCUGGUAAGCUCGAACUCCACGUUCCAAGUGUUGAGGCGCUCGAAAUUGAUGCCCCUUUUCUCUCACCAAGCCGCGAUGGCCUUCGCUCGUUUCGUGCUGCUUCCUACCAGUUGGUGGAGCGUGACCGGUUGUUUAAACUCUACAACGGGAGUGGGCGCUCCAAAGAGCCAGUUGGGGCCUAUGAGACUCAUUAUCUUGACCACAAUAUCCACGCCAAGCUUCCUGCUGCCGAACCCAAAGAAGAGAAGCCUAGUGCCGAAGCCGAAAGGAUCGGUACUUGGUGGAGUUGUGUGGUAAGUAUUGAGUGGAAGACGAACUGGACGCUGUUUUGGGCGUGCUCUACGUGGAUUGGCCUUUUCAUCACUGGGGCGGGCACGUUAUUCUGGGGCAUGGAGCCCAUUGUCAAGCCGGUCUUGGCUUUCAUUUCCCAGUGGGUAGUGGAACUUGCUUUCGCGUGGUGCUUUCUUUUCCUCCUGGCUUUGCUAGUAAUAUAA